AUGCCGCUUACUAGAAGCUCUAACUCGGGGAAAGCAAAUGAAAAACCAAGAGACUGCGAAGACCUUACGAAUGAGUUUGCAUCAAAGUCUAGUCAACCGAUUAACGUUGACCAAUCUGUAAAUGAAAUAGAGGAAGCUGAAGAUGAUUUAUGGGACAAACAACGUCGUAAAGAUACCGUUUCAGAGCCUAAAAUAGCUGACAACCAGUCCAAUCUGGGUACAUAUUUAUCUUAUGCUGAAAAUACUGUCUUUAAAAGGUUCCUUGAUAUAGAUGACCAAAUCAGAAACCUCAAGGCUAAAUUUCUCGACAAGGUUGAUGUCCUUUCUAAUGACUUUAAUGAUUUUAAACAAUCGUUAAUGACUGAGGAUUCCAAGCGGUAUACAAAUGCACUCGAAAACGAAAAUGGUAGAUUAAAAUAG